CUAAACACAUAUUAAAAGAAGCAUCGAUCAAAGAACUAAAGAUUGCAGCUUUGAUCGAUCGGUCGAUCAAAAACCAGAGACGAUGAAGCAAGUACAGAGCUUUAACACGUAUGAGGUGGUGGUGAGAGAAUACGAAGCGGAGCAAGACCGAACUGGAGCGGAAGCGGUGGACCGGUUGUGCGAUGUCAGCCCCAGCGGCGGCGUAUCUCUGUUCAUGGAUCUCCUCGGCGAUCCCCUCUGCAGAGUCCGCAAUUCGCCGGCUUUUCUCAUGCUGGUUGCGGAAACUUGUGGGCCGGCCGAGAGGGAGAUCGUUGGCGUUUUACGCGGCUGUGUUAAGACUAUCACGUGCGGCAAGACGGCUCCUCGUAACUCCACCGGCGCGGCCGGCGGCGGCGCGGGUCCUAUUUUUACGAAGGCAGGCUAUAUCCUUGGUCUGCGUGUGUUGCCGUCCCACCGGAGAAUGGGCAUCGGUCUCAAGCUAGUAAAGCGCAUGGAAGACUGGUUUCGAUCGAACGACGCCGAAUACUCAUACAUGGCUACCGACAAGAACAAUAUAGCCUCUCUCCGUCUCUUCACUCACCACCUAACCUACACCAAAUUCCGCACCCCUCGCAUCCUCGUCCACCCCGUCUUCGCUCACCCCCUCCCCCUCCCCAACUCCACCACUCUCCUCCGCCUUCCCCCUUCCUUCGCCGAAUCCCUCUACCGCCACCUCUUCUCCACCACUGAAUUCUUCCCCAACGACAUCGACGCCAUCCUCAACAACCCUCUCUCCCUGGGCACAUUCCUCGCCCACCCAACCCACCCUGUCUCCUACACCUCCCUCGACCAUUUCCUCGCCCACCCACCCGCCUCAUGGGCCGUCUUGAGCGUUUGGAACAGCAGCUCCCUUUUUCAGCUCGAGCUUCGGGGCGUCGCGCGGCUGAAGAAAGGGAUGGCGUGGACAAGCCGCGCUGUUGACCGCAUGGUUCCGUGGUUAAGAAUACCAUCAGUGCCAAAUUUGUUCCGGCCAUUUGGAGGGUAUUUUUUGUAUGGGAUUGGAGGGGAGGGACCACAGGCAGAGAAGAUGGUGAGGUUUUUGUGUAGGAAUGCACAUAAUAUGGCGAGGGAAGGAGGGUGUAGGGUGGUGGCGACAGAGGUGGCGGAGUGCGAGCCGUUGGUGAAAGGGAUACCCUAUUGGAAGAGACUAUCGUUUGAGGAGGAUGUGUGGUGUGUUAAGAGGUUGGCAGAUGAGUAUGGGGAUGAGGUGGUGGUGGGGGACUGGACCCGAUCGGUGCCAGGAAGUUCUAUUUUUGUUGAUCCCAGAGAGGUUUGA